AGACAAGUCCAGUGUCGGUCGCGUGUUUGACUGUCUGUCAGUGUUAAGAAUAAGUGACGUUGGUAUGUACUUAUUAGUCUUUUUCAAUUUUAUUUAAAAAUUUACUACGUAGGUACCGAAAGUUUUUCCACAAAUAUUAGUUGAAUCAUUUUCUUAAAUACAUGUAGUGGGCUUUGUACUAGCUGUAAUAAACAUUUGGUGAACAAUUUCUGCGAUGGAGACGGAUGAAAUUGUAGCCGAAAAUGGAGACAUAUUCGUUCAUCGGAUAAAACAACUGACAGACGAAGAGAAACAGCGAUUGGAAAGCCAAAAUAGCCGCCUUAUUCCAGAAUCCAAAGCUGCCAAACUGGAGAAAGAAGCAAAGCGUCACUGGGACAUAUUUUACAAGCGAAACGAGACAAAAUUUUUUCGGGACCGGCAUUGGACAACACGUGAGUUUCAAGAGUUGAUAAAUUUCGAUGCUGAUGAGCGCAUUGCGUAUUUAGAGCUUGGAUGCGGUGUCGGCAACAUGAUAUUCCCGUUAGUAGAGGAAGGAUUCUCGAAUUUCUACUUCUAUGCGUGUGAUUUUUCGCCACGUGCCGUGGAAUUUGUAAAGGCGAAUAAGUUGUACGAUUGCAGCAGAAUGAAGGCAUUUUGCGCGGACCUGACUACUGAGGACCUUUUUGAGAAUGUUCGCGAAGGUUCAAUGGACAUCGCAAGCUUAAUAUUCGUGCUGUCUGCUAUUCAGCCGGCGUCGUGGGAGCAGGUAGCCCGCGUGGCGUUUCGCGCCUUGAAACCUGGCGGCGUGCUUUUGUUCAGAGACUAUGGAAGAUAUGACAUGGCGCAGCUGCGAUUCAAGCCUGGACACAAGAUUGCUGAUAAUUUUUACAUGAGGCAAGAUGGCACAAGGAGCUAUUACUUUACUGAAGAAGAACUGGCUAAGUUGUUCUCUGAAGCUGGGUUCGAGGUCCUCAUGAACACAUAUGUCCAACGCCGCACUGUCAAUUUCAAGGAAGGAAUAGAUGUGCCUCGAAUCUUUGUCCAAGGGAAAUAUCUGAAGCCUAAAGCAAAUGGUUGAACACUGGCCAGUUGAAAAUUUGAAUAUGGAUUGUGAAUGACAGUUCUAGUCAGGAGCUGUAUUGGUGCACAGUAUGUGGCAUUGUUGCUGUGUGUGUGCAAUGAGCAUUAAAUCGAUAAGAUGUGGCAAUGGCUGAUACGACUACACAUACUUAUCUAAGAAUAUACUGCAGUAUGAAUUUGGAUGGAAGAUGUGCUCAAAGAGGUCCUUCCAUGGGGAUGCUUGAACAAAUAACUCGCUGUUUACGCAAUAGAUGAUCCGUGAAGAUUGGAAGCAGUCUUGAGAUUUAGAUGAAAAGGUUGUAACGACGGUUCAAGCCCCAAAAUUGAUGGUAAAUCAGAAGUUGUUAUAUAAGUAGUGUCCACAAGUGUCGCACAACUCUUGAAAUAAUCUAAAAUGAUCGUUAUACUGCAACUCCUGAUGGAACAUUGCGCCUAGACUUUACUCCGUAUGGCGAAACAAUUCGGUUUCCGUUCAGAAAUUAUUUGUAGUGAGCAAUCGAUAUCUUAGAGAAUCUGUGACUUCUUCGAGAACAAUAAAUUUAUUUUACACA